GGGUUCACUCACGUGGCUAGCGUCGUGUCUUCUCCAGCUUUUCACUGGAAUCUGGGCCUUAGUAUCCGAUUUUGCUGGCAGUUGUCUGUGAAUUGUGAAGCUGUGCAGACGUCUCUCUCUCUAAACUACUUUUACAAAUCUUUAAUUCUCCAAAGGAUAAUUUAAACAACUAGUAGAGGAUAAAAUCUUGCUAUACUUGCGGUUACUCUUUUUCAAAGUGAUUCUAGUCAGUGAAACUAGUGAGGUGUACGCUUUAUUAAUUGCAUCGCAAUAUUUUUUCCUAUUGAACUAACCGUGUCUUGAUCCAUUGUGUGCCGGUUACAUAAGACAUUCGACUAGGAAAAUGCAAUUAAGACAUUCUGUAUGAGUCUCUCCAGAGAUUUUCAUCAGUGCAUUUUUGUUUAUUUAGUGAAACUGCCAUGGAAAGCUACAGUGGAUUAAAAAAUCUCUCUAUAUUGGAACAAAUCCAGUGAAUUUAUUAAAACUGUAUAUUACGAGUGAGUUAUGCCAGGAGAUAGUAAUAGUAGUUGUGCAGGUGUGCAAACCCCAACUACAUCGAGCAAUCCUGGUACACGAGCCCAACAGAAUCAACCCCUACGAGAAAAGCAUACAGUCCAUUGGUUUCGCAAGGGACUUCGUCUACAUGAUAACCCAGCUCUUCUGAGUGGAAUUACCGGUGCAGUCACCUUCCGGUGUGUCUUUGUCAUUGAUCCCUGGUUCGCUGGAAGUUCCAACGUGGGCAUCAAUAAAUGGCGAUUUCUCCUACAAUGCCUGGAAGACUUGGAUCGAAAUCUGCGAAAGCUCAAUUCGCGCCUGUUUGUCAUACGCGGUCAACCGGCUGAUGCUUUACCAAAGCUCUUCAAAGACUGGGGAACCACGUGUCUCACAUUCGAAGAAGAUCCCGAACCAUUUGGUCGGGUGCGUGACAAGAACAUCUCAGAAAUGUGCAAGGAACUAUCCAUUGAAGUCAUUCAGAAAGUCUCACAUACACUCUACAAACUUGAGAAUUUUUGCAGUAUCAUUGAGAAAAACAGCAGCCGUGCGCCACUUACAUACCAUCAAUUUCAAGCCAUCAUUGCCACUAUUGAUCCACCAGCUCCAGCUGAGACUACUGUGACGCAAGAUACUAUCGGUAAGGCCUACACACCUAUCUCCGAAGAUCACGAUGAUAAGUAUGGCGUUCCCACACUGGAAGAGCUGGGAUUUGAUGUGGACAUACUCAAACCACCCGUUUGGGUGGGUGGAGAAACAGAAGCACUGGCUCGCUUAGAACGUCACUUGGAACGUAAAGCAUGGGUGGCAUCAUUUGGCCGGCCAAAGAUGACCCCACAAUCGCUACUCGCCAGUCAAACGGGCCUUUCACCCUACUUGCGCUUUGGCUGUCUCAGCACACGUCUCUUCUAUCAUCAACUCACUGAUCUCUACAAAAAUAUCAAGAGGGCCUACCCUCCACUGUCCCUACAUGGACAACUGCUGUGGCGCGAAUUCUUCUACUGCGCUGCCACUAAGAAUCCUAACUUCGACAAAAUGACUGGAAAUCCCAUCUGUGUCCAGAUACCUUGGGACAAAAAUGCCGAAGCUCUGGCCAAAUGGGCAAAUGGACAAACGGGUUUCCCCUGGAUCGAUGCAAUUAUGACGCAGCUGCGAGAAGAGGGGUGGAUUCACCACUUGGCAAGACACGCGGUCGCAUGUUUUCUCACGCGAGGCGACCUAUGGAUUUCGUGGGAGGAGGGCAUGAAGGUGUUUGAAGAAUUGCUCCUCGAUGCCGACUGGUCCGUGAAUGCUGGCAUGUGGAUGUGGCUUUCGUGCUCGUCAUUCUUUCAGCAGUUCUUCCACUGCUACUGCCCCGUUCGCUUCGGACGCAAGGCCGAUCCUAACGGAGACUACAUAAGACGCUAUCUUCCCGUUCUUAAAGUAAGUUACUUGGAAUUUCUGGGGAAUCUAAUUUGUUUUACAAUAUUUGAAAUUCUACAGAACUUCCCAACAAAGUAUAUCCAUGAGCCAUGGAAUGCCCCGGAGAGUGUACAACGGGCAGCAAAAUGUAUAAUUGGGAAGGAGUAUCCACUCCCAAUGGUCAAUCAUGCUGUUGCCAGUCGUACCAAUAUGGAACGAAUGAAACAGGUGUAUCAACAACUGGCCAAAUAUCGUGGAACUUCAGGUGGGGAAGAUGUAAAAAUGGCAUGUGAACUGGGGACAAAGGCACAAAAUCUUCCAGAAGGGAUUCCUACUCAUCUAAUUCAGAAUAUCGAAGGAUCAUAUUUGGCACGUUCGAAGCACAUUCAUGCAUCACUGCAGCAAAUGGCUCAGCAGAAUGCACCCCAAGAUCCCUACAAUAGUCAGUAUACCAUGCAGAUGAUACCUCAGCAUGAGACUUCCCAGCAAAAUGCCGGCAAUUACGAAAAAGUCCCCAUGGAAGAUGUGGAAACCUAUGUGAAUCAGGAGGAAUGUUCCCGGCAGCAAAAUUCCCAAUAUACCCGGAUUAUCCUUCAUCGGAACAUUGCCUACAGUGUCAAUGAUCCCAUGACGCCGCCCAGCAAUGAAGUCCUGAGCUAUGCCAAUGAUCAGAAUCAUGAAUUUCAGCAGAUCUCAAGAUUCCCAGAAAACUAUCAGACGCUGAACUACGAUGAGGCUAUGGUGCAGAAAAUGAAGCAGGAGGAGAGUGAGAGGCGUGAAUACGAAGUGCAAAAUUCUUUCCGGAUGAAUGAGGAAAAGACCGGCGACAUCUUUCUUUUGGCCACGCACCAAGUCACAAAUCAAGAUAUAUCCAAUAACCCAAAUAUUUGCGAAGAAAAUCGUGAAAAUUGAAAUAUCUCAUGCAUAUACCUGUUGUCUGUAUAAUGUAGUAUUCUUCUGUGACAUCAAUUUAAAUAGAUUUUAUUGUAAAA